CACUGGACUGUGUUCUUAAUCGUCGUGUAAGAGAUGAUAUUAUCGGAGAUUACAGUUGUACUAAAAAAGGUAAAAGAGCUGGAUACUGCUAGGAUGUUUGUUACUUGGGCGCCUUUCCGACAGUGGAUGACAUUGUCACUUUUUCUCGGAUUAAUGCAUAUGUUGAACUGUGCUACCAGUCGUAAUGAUGUUCAUCCGAAUUUUUCUGGGUUUGACUGUAACGGUAAGGUCGAAAACGGAACAGUUCCCCAUCACGUAACUGACGGGCAGUUUCCUGAGGUUGGCGCAUUAUUUUGCUGCUAUCCAAUAAGUUGUGAAGAAGGAACUAUUGAAUUCUGUACAGAAGACAAAGACACUGAUGUUUGUGUUCCAUGUAAAGGCAAUGAAACAAGCACAACAUGCAACUAUAGACAGGUGACCUCAAAGUAUUCCUUUCGAGAAGUCGAUCAUUGCAAGAAACCAUGCACUCGUAAAAACGCUGUACCGGAUGUGUCCUUAUAUCCAACAUCUCAUACGAAAAAGGAAGGGGAUGAUCUAACUCUACUGCCGACAAUAUACAGUGACUCUGAGCUGCUAGGGUUUGCCUGGAAGUUCAUAAAUACAACUGCCUCCUAUGACAUCGCUAGUUCUUUAACAGAAAUUUCGAAUCCAGGAAAAUACCUUGUUGGAACAAUGCCAAACCCCUAUUUGAACAUCAGUAAAAUUGAAUUGUCAGACCAAGGGACCUAUCAACUGUAUAUAUACAACACCAUUGGAUUGUCAAAUGUCGAGAAUGUCACAUUGUUUGUCACUAGUGAGUCAUAUUACAAGCGUCGUCCUUUGUCGUCCUUGUCAGAACAGAAUAUGUACUAA